AUGCCUCAUAUCACCUUGAGAAAUGUUGGCAAUCAAAAUGAAGAACCAGGUCUUUUGUCAUCGGAUAGUACCGGUGCUAGUUGGAUUAUAGCUCACGCUGGCGGAAAAACAGGAUUUGUUGAAAAUGGACUCCUGAUGUUUAAAUCACAAUCAAAAUCGAGCGACUAUCAUGAUGAAAUGAAUGCGAAAAUUUUCUUGCGAUGGAUGACUGAAAAAAUUCUUCAUAACUUGCCACUUAAUUGCAUCCUGGUUAUGGAUAAUGCACCAUACCAUUGCACUCAAAUAAAUAAAGCACCCACAAUGAGCAAUUUAAAAGCAGAAAUGCAGCAAUGGCUUUCAAAUAAUAGUAUUCCAUUUGAAGAUUACGGGAUAAAACCACAGUUGUACGAAUUAAUAAAAAAACACAAAAGAGAACUAGUAUAUGAAGUCGACUUUUUAUUAAAUCAACAUGGGCGUGAGGUCGUGCGCUACAGCCAAAAGACGCGUUGCAGAGAACAAUGUAAGUCAAGCUACAAGUGA